CGGGGGUUGUCGGAAAAGGUUGGGAAGUUGUCAACAUUGGGGCAGAGACAAAAUAUCGACGUUAUAGCGACUGACUGUAGUUUUAUUCAGACAGAAGACGAAACCUUUAAAAUAAGGUCCAACCAUGGGGAGGUCUCUCAUUUCUGUACCAAAGCAUAAGGAAGAUGAGAGGACUCUGAAAGAAGAAUCGGAGCCUGACAGUGAGGAUGAUAAACACGAUGUGUCACAGUUUCCAUAUGUUGAAUUUACAGGCAGGGACAGUGUCACAUGUCAAACCUGUCAUGGGACAGGGAGGAUCCCAAGAGAACAAGACAACCAGCUUGUUGCUUUGAUACCAUACAGUGACCAAAGGCUAAAGCCAAGACGAACGACACUGUACGUGUUUUUGUCAGUCCUACUUUGUCUGCUGCUGUCAGGCCUGGCCAUAUUCUUUCUGUUCCCUCGUGCUAUGAACGUCUCCUACGUUGGCGUGAAGUCAGCCUACGUCACCUAUGAUAUGGACAAGCGGAUAAUCUACCUAAAUAUCACGAACACCCUGAACAUCACUAACAAUAAUUACUAUCCAAUUCAAGUGGCCAACAUCACAGCACAGGUCCAGUUCUACAAGACUGUUAUUGGAAAUUGUCUGGUCAAGAACAUUACCACUAUUAUCCCUCUCGAUUUGCGACAGAUUGAUUACACUGUUCCCACCACCAUAGCCAAUGAGAUUGACUACAUAUUCGACUACUGCACCUUGCCGUCAAUUAAAGUGCAUAACAUUGUUGUCAUGAUGCAGAUGACUGUUACCGCUGUGUACUUUGGCCAUGCUGAGCAGGUGUCUCAGGAGAAAUACUUGUAUGUGGACUGCGGGGCAAACACCACAUCUUCUCAUGGACACGUGAAUUUAAUACAGUGAUGCUUUUCCCCACUUUCAACGAUUUGACAUGCUAUCAUGUGAUGAAACAAACAAAAAGUGGCAUGCUUAAGCACAUAAAUGUUGAAAGAAGUGCAUACUGUACACGAUUGAUCAGUAAGAGUAGAUGCCUUAUUACAUCUGAUACAACGAAGCACUUUAGUAUAAUUUGGGAGAUGGGACGGAAGAAACAGAGUUUUACCAUAGGGCUGCAAAACAUCAAACCACUAGGAUUUUAUCCGUUAAUCUUUCCGUUUGUUUGAUACGUAUUCCAGUGUGUUGCAUUUUAAUCCGAUAAUUUAUGCACAUGUUAUUCUUUUAGUCACUUUAUUUUCAAUCUCAUAUUUAGUAUAUAAUGUUUCAACCCAAUAACAUUAACAGAUGCCUCUGUGUUUGAUGGCCUGUAGGUACCUGGCAACUUCCAGCCCUCAGAGUGUGAUGUAAAUAACUAUUGGAUAUUUAUUUUAAAUGAGAACGUUUACAUGAAGGAAUGUGUGAAUAAAAACAUUUUAGAAUGAGAUAUCAGAUUAAUUUCCAAACACGAACAUUUAAGACCCUGUGAAUCCUUUUUAAGGUGACACCUAGCCCAGGUGACAUAAUUUAUUUUUGCAAGUUUAACUCAUAAAGUACCAUUUUAGGGUAACAAUUGCACAUAAAUUAGUUUUUGUACAAAAAAAUUGUCAUAUGGAAUACAAUUUAUAUGGUAUUUUGGAAAUAGUUUGUUGAUCGGUCUGGUUAGUAGCUAAAAAUAUAACCGUUUAUUUAUUUAUUUGAUUUAUAUUAAUAUUUAAUUUGUAUAGUAAUCUAAUUAAAUAAGAAGUUCAUUUCUAAAUAAGCCCCCAUUUACUUUCCAUAGUAAGAUAAAAAUGACUACAUAAAGUCAAUGGGUGCUUAGUUUGAAGUGAACUACUUCUUUAAACUUUAACUACUCAUUUUGUUGAUUUUUAUUGUAGAAUAAUUUUAUUAAAUAAACAAUAGUCACAUUUAAGUUUAACCAAGUAACAGUUCCUCUAGAAUUGUUACCCAAAAAUAAUACUGGCUAGACAUACUUUUAACUUGCUGGCUAAUGUAAUUUAUCAGCAAUAAUCUACAGGGUUCUUUGCGGAUGUGUACCGGAAGUAAAAUUCGGGCCAUAAAAGCUUUAAUGCACAGAAACGUUUGUUUAUGUUGUUGCUUUGAAACAGUUUUGUUUAUCUUUUUUCUUGGGUCACUAAAUUUAACCAGAAAUGUUUUGUCUUGACAUUGAUGUAGAACAUUUAUUAGAUGUUGUUGUGUUAUUUUAUUCCGUUUCAUUUUCAUGGUGAAAGGGCACUUUUACAUUACAUUUUUUGAUGACAUUGAACAUUUAUUUUAGGGUGAUGAUAUAUCAAUAAAUAUGAUUUCUUUGAACAAAA